AUGAGUGGAUAUUUGGUGCUUUCAUCAAAGUUUGAUAUGCCAGAUAAACAACCAAAUUCAUCAAAUCUUCAAGGUUUAGAAAAUGAUCAACCCAUACCUCGUGGUGAACCUAAUGAAAUAUUAAAUUUCGAUUCUAACAAACGAAUUCCUACUAAUGAUCAUGAACCAACUGGUGAAGUUAUUAAAGAAAAAUCAGAUAUAUUUCGAUUACAAGAUGAACAUUUUCGUUCAUGUGUUCAUGAUAUUCAAUUAGGUAAACAUCACAAAACUAAUGAUUCAAUACAACAUCAACAUGAAAAAUGUACAUUAGAAUAUGAUCCAAUUGUGCAUCCUGAUUCAAAACUUGGUCGAUUACACUUAUCAAUACGAUAUGAUGAUGAACGAAGUCAAUUAAUUAUUAAAAUAAUUAAUGCACAAGGGAUAAUAAGACCUGAACAAGUAGCUGCACGAGAUAUGUGUUUAACAUUUUCAUUAAUUGGAAAUGAUAAUAAUGAGCAUGAUAUAGAAAAACAUAAACGAUUUGUUAGUGAAAAUGCUCCUAUACAAUGGAAAGAACCUGUGAUAUUUUGCAUUACAUAUGAAAAAGUUAUUGAAAAAAAAUUAUAUAUUUUUGCCAGUAAUCAUUCUGAUCCAUCAAUACCUCGUGAUCGAGAAGUAUUAAUUCUUUUAAAUAAUCUUAAAAAUCAUGCUGAAGAAAUAAAUCAAUGGUAA